CGAUAAAACGGCCUGUGCAAGCCAGGCUGACACAUUCCCUCGUCAUCGCUUCACCACUUCUCGUCGGGUCUUCAGAAGAAAACUUUGUGAGCCGCGGGACUGACUUUGGUUCAGAUCACCGACCGUACACUCGGCAUUUUUGAAGAUACACGAGCAACGACGACAGAGCCAUGCUGUGGACUGUGUUAGUCGCGACUAUCCUACUGGCGGUUGCUGGCGGGGCUAAGGCUCAGGCCUACCCGGAUAAUAAGGGCACAGAGUUCAUCCUGACAUUUCCGGAAAACUUCCAGAGACAGCGACAUGACCCGGCCCUGUUCAUCACCACCCAGUCUGACUCAGUGGCUACGAUCACGAUCACACUGCCUGCUUCGGGUGACAUCAUCACGGAAACGGCCACCGUGGGGCAGGUGACCGAAGUGUCCCUGACACGUGUAGACGUGGAGCUUCGCGGCAGCGGGAAGAGCAACAAGGCCAUCCACGUUACGUCGGAUGUAGAGAUCGUGGUCUACGGAGUGUUUGCCGAAUGGGCCUCGUCUGACGCCUACCUGGCCCUCCCCACCGAUGUCCUGGGGACUGAGUACUUCGUGCCGUGUGCUACGAUUACAAGGGGGUGGAGCGAAGAGGGCUUUUACAACUUACCAUCCGAGUUUGGAGUCGUCGGCGUGCACGACGGGACGACUGUCACCAUCACCCCGAGCCAGGCCGUGACGUUCGACGGCACCAGCUACACAGCAGGACAGGACUUCUCUGUCCAACUGGAUAGGUUGGAAACACUUCAGGUCCAAGCGUCCGCAGACCUGACCGGCUCCAGGAUCGUAGCGGACCGGCCGGUGACUGUGCUGAGCGGAAACCUGUUUACCGUGGUGGGGAACGGACAGAGCGGGUCGGGGGACUACCUGGUGGAGAUGAUCCCACCUGUGGACACCUGGGGGAAGGAGUUCAUCACCGUGCCGCUGGCAGUGCGCACCGGUGGCGACAUCUUCCGUGUUGUGGCCGCUAGAGACAACACGCAGAUCACCGUUACCAAUCGAAGCCCGCCUACUCUGAACGCUGGGGAAUUCUGGGAAUUUGAGGCUGGGUCGAACGAGUACUUGCACGUGACCUCCAGCGAACCAGUGCUGUUGGCACAGUACAGUAAAACAGCUUCUGCUGAUAAUACGAAAACUGACCCGUUCCUCAUGUUCAUCCCGCCUGUGGCCCAGUUUGAGGCAGAUUACACCUUUUCAACCAUUGACCUUAUCCACGAUGUUGGCGCCGGAACCACGCACCACGUGAACCUGGCCAUCAAGUCCGCUGACAAAGCUGGUCUCCUAUUCGAUGGAGCAGCGGUGGAGGUUAAUCAUCCAAACGCUGUUUGGCAGCCCGUGCCGGGGACUGCGUACGAGGCCACUGAACUGACUAUCUCGGCAGGCACACACACAGCGAGUCACUCUUCCCCCAUUGCAACCUUCGGUCUCUUCAGCUAUGGUUACACGCUGUACGAGGCGUACGGCUAUCCAGGUGGGCUUCGGCUGGCCCAAAUUUCCGCGCCGUGCGACGUCACUCAGCCUAUCGCAAACGACCGCGUGGACAACGACUGUGACGGGCGUGUGGACGAAGAGCUGAUGAACGGCAUCGAUGAUGACGGCGACGGACUGAUCGACGAAGAUAUUGCCAGUACUUGCAGCACCACCGAUGUUGUAUUCGUCCUCGACCGUUCUUCAAGCAUCGAACUAUCCAUCUUCAACCAAGCCAAACAGUUCAUCGUCGACACCCUCCAAUGCAUUGCGGACCGAGGUGUUCAAAUCGGGGUUGGUUACAUCGUGUACGAUUGCGUCCCGAAGACAAUCAUAACCCUGGGAACAUACACAUCAGACGACCCCGCUGUGUCUGGCAUCAUCCACUACGAGAUGACAGAAGGAGGCACUACCCGUACCCCCCUGGCUAUUCGCUACAUGCGUCUUACGUCCAAGUCCAAAUUCCGCGACGGGGCUGCUCGUGCCGCUGUCAUCCUGACAGACGGACAGACCGAAGGUGAUGCUGCUGACGACGCCAGCGAUGCAAGGGACGCAGGGAUCGAGAUGUACGCCGUGGCUAUUGGAAGUUUCGUCGACGGAUCUGCGCUCCAGGCCAUUGCAGGCAGCGGCGCCAACGUGUUCGACUCCAGCGACCCGUGCGCGCUCGCCAACAGGAUCGUGGACGACCUGGCGUGCGUUUAAGAUCAAACCGGAAAAAGACGACUCACCAACGACACGGACGAAUGCAACACUCCAUCGGACGCUAUAUCUGCCUGAAGGGGGGUAGGGGGGGCUACUGUAAGAAAAUUAUUUCAAUCAGCAAACGUAAAAACUGCCUGAUGAUGAUGAAAACUGCCUGUGCAAAUAAACUGAGGCCCAGUCACUGUAGCAGACAAGUUUUGAGCAUACUUGUGAAGUUCAGAGAACAAAUUUCAUUUCGUGGAUAUUGAAACAAAUUCAUUUGAAAAUCCUUCAAGCAGAAGACCACAGGAUACCAUUAAAAACUGCAACCAAUUUACUCACCUAAAUUUCAUAUCAAAAUGUUAAUUACAUCCAUCGUAUUAACACCCGUCAGCAUGUUAUUAAUGGCAAAAAAUUGGAGUUAUUUUCGGGUUCAUUUAGAUGUUCAAUAUCACUCUCAAUGCUGUUGACAUUAGCUGAGUAAGAACACUCACUAUAUCGGGAAUUAGAAAUGUGGUUAGAUAUAAGACUAUCACAUUUACUUCAGCAUAAUCUAAUUACUAACUCGAGUUCAAAAAGGUUUAAUAUCUGGAUAUCAACAAGUUGGAAAGAGAGGAAAAUGAAGAUUGCUUUGAAAAUUCUUUAAAAAUCUGGCUAAUUUUGGUUUAGAAGUGAUUCAAUAUCACGCAGCAACCUUGAACACUUUUUCUCGACAGAGAGAGGUUAUACAAUAGCCCAUUCAAAAAUACAUGUAAUUAAAGUACCGCUCAUGCAGUAACUCAUAUGUAAUCGAAGUAAACAAUGCCGAGCCUGUGCCAAAGAAUAUCUGACCCUUAGAUGCCCUGCCAGGUAAGUGCCAAGGCCUGUAACUGCCCCUUGUUCCCCCUCAUCAAUUCCAUGUUGCAAAAUCCAGGGCACUGUUCCCCUUAAACUCAGUUCAUGAUCUGGUCUGAAAAGAAGACUUAUAUCUAAAAAUGGCAACUGUUAUUAGCCAGCUAUUAAACCUUUUUGUCUUGACUAUUAUGAUCAAUAGUGACAUAUCAUAAACUGAAACAGACUUAUCUUAAGGACUUUUCUUGUUUUGCUUUUGCGCUACCGGCUAGGAAACGCCUGCAAUAAUAGUGCUUGAUACUAGAAUAUCUAUUUGAUUAACCAAGAUGUUAAUAACCAAGAAACUACGGGGCCUCAGGUUAGGAAUAAUUUAAGAUUAAAAUAAAAACAAACAAACAAACAAACAAGAUUGGCAGAUAUUCAAAAGUACAAAACAAACAUCUUAAUUGUACAGUUGUUUGCAACAGUUAUAACGCUAUAAAUGAUAUUGAGAUAUUGUCUUUCUCUAAGAUGAACAAUGUUAUCUAUCAAUUUUCUUUAUUUGACACCUGAAAGGAUAGCAACUUAAAUUAUUCUUACCCUUUGACCUAAAUAAAAGUCACAACAUCGUAUAGCGUAAAGAGGGUUGGGCCCCGGUACAGGAAAUUUAGGUACAGGUACGUUACAGGUCUAGAGGAUCAUUAUAUGGUAAUUUUAUGUCAAAUUUGUGAAUACUCAAAACAAUAGUCCAUUUCGCCACAAUAAAAUCUGUUUGGUGAAAAUAUCUGACUUCUACUGGCGUUUUAAAUCCUAUCUCCAUGUACAACGCCAAUGCCUCUGUUAACUUAGACCAACUUUCACUGCAGAAACUUGUUAAAAAUGACUAUCAACUAUUCUUUAUUAUAUUAUACUUCGCUCUUGGCCCGGCAAGCCCCAAAAACACGUGACCGCCUGCCGAUUCUGCCCGCCUGUUCAUUCUCAAAUCGGUCCAACAUCCGGGUACUGAUUUUUUUCAGGUCCGUUUUUUCUGGACUGGUCCAACAAGAAAAAAACGGCAUUGUACCGGUACACCGUACCGGUAUCCACCCCUAGUAGAGACUAGAGAGAUCGUUAUUGAUCAUGAUUUUAUUUUGCAUUAGAGAUGCAUUAAAAGCUAGAAUAUACUUUGAAAGGUCUGUGCUUGGGUUAGAGUUGAGAACUGGUUAACACCUGGCAAGCCAAACUAUCAAACAGGGGUAUUUAUCGAAAUAUAGCGGUAAAUACGAUUCACUGUUAGAAUAUUAAUCCACUAAUAACAGCUCUACAUGUAAAACGUUCAGUUAGCAACAUCACCAUCAAUAAAUGAUUUGUCUUUAUAGAUCCAUCACAAGUGACGAACCGCCUUAAGUCCACAGUUGUGGCCUUUUAAUCAUUUUAGAACCAUAGUAUGUUUGCACACUCAUUGUUGUUAGCAUUGAUAAGUGUAAGCAUAUACGACCUCAUUGUGAAAUAGUAUGCUUCAUUAAAACAUACAGUUGUAAAACUUUAAAACUAGAUAUCAAAAUGAAAUGGAAAACAUCUACAGCAUCAUUCAACACAGACCUAUUCAGAUUAAUGUAGAGCGAAUUUCGGCUUGAGGUGGCGAAUAAAUGGUGAUGGAAAAGCAGUA